AUGUCCAUCUUGCCCAACCAAGACCAAGGAUCCAUAUCGUCGUCUUCCUCAUCAGCGCCCUCUGCGAACCCUAAUUCCCAACAUGGACACCGCCACCACCUCUUCCUUUCUCAAUCUGAAUCUAAGUCUUUGUCACCGCCCGCUCUCUCCCGCCAAAUGCUCACAUUUGGAUCCCUUCAGAUCUCCGACUCUCAGUCUCCCUUCUCUAUCUCCUCCAAUACUUCAGGCCCAUCGGUACCAGCUGCUGAAGCUUCUGCUGGAUCUUCCCAAGAGGUGACUAAGUUAGGGACGCCAAGGGGUAAGAAGGCUUUACCUAAUGACAACGAGACACUUUCACAGUGUCACUCUGGUGGAGGUGGACAAGGGAUUGGAUCAGCCCGGUCUAGAGGGAAAAGUUCAGGAACUGUUGGGUCUCGUUCAAGUCAACAAACUAUCGGGUCUGUUGGUUCUCAUGGAAGCUCGACGCAUCCAGCAGGAAGGAAAGCCCAGCUGAUGAAUGGCAACCACUUGUUGAAUUUUCAUUACGACCCCAUAUCUCGUCCUCAGCCUAGAACUGCUCCUCCUCCAAGAAGGCAUCACAAGAGAAAGCCCUACAACAAAGAUUUAUUUCUUCAGGCAAACUACAAAUUUGUGGUGUUAGAUUCAGGAAACUACUCAGUUGAAUCGAUGGAUCCUGAUAAGAUGUUAAAAUGGGAGGACAUCAUUUGCGUGAGGUAUUCCACCCCAACUUUGGUUCAGUGCCCAAUUUGUCUGGAAUAUCCUCUUUGUUCGCAGAUAACAUCCUGUGGACAUAUUUUCUGUUUCCCAUGCAUUCUGCAAUACUUGUUGAUGGGGAAGGAGGAUCAUAAAGGAGACUGCUGGAAAAGAUGCCCAUUGUGUUUUGUGAUGAUAUCACCAAAGGAUUUAUACACCCUGUUUGUGGAGAAUGUUAAGCAGUAUUGUGUUGGUGAUACUGUAGAGUUUAUGCUUCUUACUCGACAAAAGGAUUCAUUUACUUUGUCACAUAAAAGUACUCAAGAGAAAGAUUCCCUAGCAGGUGAUGAUCAAAGUUAUGAUCCCUUUUCAAAGUUUACAUUUACAUCAGAUGUAGAUCUUUCAGUCAGAAAAGCAAUAUCAGAGCUAGAUGGUUGGUUAGCCAGGGCAGAGUCGGGGCUAGUUGAUGACCUAGAGAAGCUUCCAUAUGUAUGUGCUGCAAUGGAACAAUUAGAACAGAGGAAGAAAUAUUGGAAGGAGCACCGGGCUAGUGAGAGUAAUAAAUCUUGUAAAUGUACUGAUCGUAAUACUGGAAAUGCUACUAAUGGUGACUAUGAAGCAUCUACACUUGGACAUGAAACUCCGUCUAAUGAUGUUUAUGACCAUAAUAAGUGUUCGGGCAAUUUAUCAGUGGAUAAGUCAGAUGAUGGGACUUGUUCCGACCAAUCUGUGGAUGCAGCUGAAUCCUUGGAAGGCCGUGAAAAUGCUCUAUCUUCUUCAUAUGAUGAAAGCAAGAGUGCCCAAGGGCACUCACAUGGCUCCCAAAGUGAAUAUGAUAAGGACUCGUACAAUUUCUACCAGGCAGCGGAUGGGCAGCACAUCAUUAUCCAUCCAUUAAACAUGAAAUGCCUUCUACACCACUAUGGGAGCCAUGAUAUGCUACCACACAGAAUAAGUGGAAGAAUUUUGCAAUUGGAGACUGUGACUCAGACAGAAGCCAUGAGGAGGCGCUACCGCUAUUUGAGUCAUUUUUCUUUAACGACAAUACUCCAGUUUUGUGAGAUUGAUCUGAGUGAGCUAUUGUCUCCUGAUGCGUUGUCUCCCUUUAUGGAAGACAUAAAGAAGCGCGAAAGGCAGAGGAAACAACUUGCUAGGAAGGAUCACAAGGAGAAAAUGAAGGCAGAAUCUGCCAUGGCAUAUCCCAUCCCUUUAAUAGCAGGUUAUGGACAGUCUUUUCAAGAUGGAUCCCCCACAUUCUCCAUGGAUGACUUCGAGGCCUUGGGAAGUUCUACGGUGACAUCAUCAAGCUCUCCAGUUGUUGGGGAAAGGAAGCUGUUUUCAAGUGUUACAAGGCUUGGUUUUGCUGCUGGUCAUGAUUCUCCCACCUUAAAACUAGAGGGAACCAAUUCUCUGAAUGACGAUGAUGCAGCAAGAGACUCUCUUGAAACCACUGCAGCAGGUACUCAGAGUGUGGGUGUAACGUCAUUUGCUAAUAUAAUCUCCAGAGCUAAGCCUGGUGAAAAUUUGGAUACGCCCAAGAUGAAUGAUUCGGGAAAGAAAGGAAAGAAACCAAGUCGAGUCCUUUUGUCAACAGCUGGUGGUCGGCGCUACUGA